UGUAUUUUUAUUUCCGUCGUUGUUAUCUUUACAGACGUGUUGUUUGUUAUUACAUAUAUCGCCAGAAAUAAUAUUUAAAAGUGUGUUUUGAAACUAACAAUCUGAAACAUUUGUGUUUUUUGGUGGUUGAGUUAUAUAAGAUAUUUUGUAGAUUUAACAAUGGAAGAAUAUGCUAGAGAACCAUGUCCAUUUCGUAUUGUUGAUGAUUGUGGUGGUGCCUUUGCAAUGGGUUGUAUUGGAGGAGGAAUAUUUCAAGCUAUUAAGGGAUUUAGGAAUGCUCCUUCUGGAAUGAAUAAAAGAUUGUUCUUUAUGACAGGGUCACCAGAUUAUUUUCUUAACAAUACCUCGUAUCUUAAUAAUAUCAACUUGAAGAUCCAAAUUUUAUGGUCACUAGUAAAAUUGAUCUUAUAAUUGGCGCUUUUGGGU